AUGGCGAAGGGGAUCGUUGAUACUAGUCCAUUGCUGUGCCAGCCAGCACCCAGAUGUGGCGAACAUAUUUACAACCCCUUGAAGCAGUGCUGUGACAAUGACAUCAUUCUGCUUCUUAAUGACACCCGCCUCUGUGGCUCCCACUGCAUCUACUGGCCAUGUUUUCAACAUUGCUGCCUGGAGUCCUCAUCCUCCAAAAAUCAGUGGGUUGUGAGAUUCAAGGUCCCAGGCAUGAAACCCAACUGCAGGUUUUCCCCCAUCUCUACAAUCUGUGCUCAGGAGCCUCAUCCCACCAGCUCCCAGACAGAUACGGCUCACUCUAGACCAUCUAGGAGAGCAGAGUUUCAAGCAAUCUCAGAAUCUGAUAUUUUGUGA